GAGCAAUGCUAUUAUGAGUGAGUCCAGUUUUGUUUGUAUUGUGCAUGUGCACGAGGACACACAAGCCUGUGCAAGGCAAGCACUGGGCCCAUGAGGUACACAUUCCUGCCAGUGGUUUUUCACACUACUCCACUGACUGACUGAUGGUGGCAGUAAGGAGAAGACAUGUGGUAAUGCACCAACAAAGGCAAGGAAGAAGACUGCAAGCUUGCAAUAAGAUAGCUUUGCAAACAUUUCAUGUAUGAGGAAAUACAUUAACACCUUUGUUACACAUUUAGAAUACACACAGAAAUAGUGAAUGUAAACACAAAAAAACUCCAUAGGGCAACUUUAAUGUGCUCAGAAAAAAAUAGAAAAUAUCAGCAAUCAAAUAUCAGCGAUAAUUCCAUGACAAAUGGGUAGAAUCAAUCUGCUAUCAAAAAUCAUGUGAUGUGAUGGAAAGCUCCAAAAUCGCUACUAAAAGGAGCUCGAGCUGAAAUCAUUUAAUCAAGCUUAAUUCAUCAAGCUACACUAGUUUAAUCUUGCGUAGGUUACUUCUCUCAUCAGUGGCAACACUACACUAUGUCCCUGUGUAUGCUCAGUCAUGUCUGUAAAAUAAAUUAAUUGUUGGUUUAGUCUCGUCAGACGAUUUGUUGUUUAAAAUUAAAAGCUGAAAUAACCUCAGCGUUUAGCUUUAAAUUCCCUGUGUUAGGUACAAAUUGAUGUGGUUUGAAGUGACUCAGUGUGGAAGCCAGACAAAAAAAUUCCUCUCUAUGUUUUGAGUUACAUUACAACUGUAAGCACUGCUGUGGUUCUGUAGUUAAAGUUGUCACAACACAAGCUGCCUGGCUUCUGUCACAGUCAUCUGAGGAAUAAAUAGUCCACAUUGCUCCUGCCCCAGACUCUGGCAUCUUCAGCUGUCUCAUUCCAGCGGGGCUCAGCCUCUAAACAACACUGAUAUCCAGUUCAGAUGGAAAACAGAGCAAGCAGCACCAAUAUGGUUCAUGUUUACUAAAUGCCUACAGGAUGAAAAACAGGAGCAGGGGAAGCUGCAACGACUUCACAAGUUUUCCAUCCAGGAACAUCGAGUAUUUGGGGAAGUUAUCUAACUUUAAAUUUGUGUAAUUUGUGAUAAUUAUAUGACAGCACCGAAGCAAAAGAUGCAGAUAUGAGCCCAGAGGAGGAGCCAGAGUAUCAGACACCACCCACCUGCGAUCUGCUCAGCCGUCUGCUGACGAACAGACGCCCCACUGGAGCUGUCAACGAGGUUUGGCCCAACCUCUACAUCGCAGACGCGGCUACAGCUCAGGAUAAAACCCUGUUAGUGAAUCUGGGAAUAACACAUGUAGUGAACGCUGCAGAUGGCCCCCAGCACAUUGACACGGGGCCAUGUUUCUACAAAGACACCAACAUACUGUAUCAUGGAGUAGAAGCAACAGACUGUAAAGAUUUUGACUUAAGCCCAUUCUUCACUGAGACGUCUGAUUUCAUUCAUGGCGCUCUGAGCCAGAAAGGUAAGGUGCUCGUCCACUGUGCUCGAGGAAUCAGCCGCUCGGCGACUCUUGUGUUGGCCUUCCUCAUGGUCAAAGAGAGACUUAACCUGGUGGAGGCAGUUGAGGUCGUGCGCGAGCACAGAAACAUUCUUCCCAAUGUUGGAUUUCUGAACCAGCUCCGUCACCUGGACUCCACGGUGGCCCUGCAGAGGAGGACAACAAAAACACAGAGAAGUGGAGAUAAGAAACCAUGAGAGAGACUUUGGUCCAGUGUGAUUGGUUUAAUGUUAAAGAACAAGUGUUUCCUCAGUUUUUUUUUUUUUUUAACAUACUCCUGAAACUUGCUUAAGUUGUCUAAUCCAUCACAUCAAAAGUUCACAUGUUUUCAUUUGACAACUUAUCUAAAAAAUAAUAACAUAACUGACAAAAAACAAAGUGAAGAGUUUAUUCAAUUAAACUCAGGCUCUUGGGAGCUUAGAGGCCUCAAAAUUUCACUUUGUCUUCGGAGCGUCAUUACUCUGAGACCGUGUGAGUUACAGACGUGCCGUUUUUUUUCUCCUUAAACUACACGAUUGGCGCUUUCUAACAAGCCCUUGCAACUCACUGACUUCGAUCGAUACACCGAUAUUAAAAGUGACGAAAUAUUUGGAGUAAUCUUACCGUUUCCCUGGCGCAUUGCCGCUCUCUGUGUGUUCAUUGAUCAUUCUCAUCCGCAUUCCUUGCUAGUUGCGUCUAGAGUCACCACUCAAUACGACAUUCCUAUUGGCUCCGGUGGGUGCUGUCACAGCCAAUCAGAGUGUCUGAUUCAGAGGCCUCGCCUGCCUUGGCUGUAUUCCUGCUGUAUACCCAGACCAGUGCUGUUUUAUUGUGAGAAGUUGUUUACUGAAGUGACAGAGUGAAGACAGAAGGAUGUGACCAGUUAGAUGUUUGGUGCAGCAGAAGCUUUGGAGCUGAUUUUUCAAGGAGAAGACAAAAGACGCCCCUAAAUACUGCUCCAAAGAAUGAGCAUAAGAUAGAAAUAGAAACUUGAAAUGACCUCUAGAACAACUCAGACAAAUAUGUACAACUUUCUGUGUUGAAAUUUUCCUUCUUUAUUAUGGUUUAGAGUGUUUUAAUCAAGGUCCAUUUUCUUUUCUUUUUUUUCUUUUUUUCUUUUUGUUUUAUGGGCUAUUAACCUCUAUUAUACUUUCCUGAAGUCUUUAUUGGGUGACGUAUUUCAUCUCCUGAUGUUAUGCUGAUUCUGAAUAUGUGUUAAUUUUAUUAGGAAAGGUUAGCUGUAGACCUAAAACUUGAGACUUAGACUCAAAUCAUUCUCACCAACAAAAAUGAGGACUUCAGACUUGACUUUAACUUUGCCGUGAGACCUAAUGAACUUGAGACUUGAGUUCCUAAAGACUUGACGUGACGUGAUACUUUCUGCUGUCUUUUUUGCACUGCUAAAAUCCUGAAACAGUAAAAAGUAAAAAUAAACAACAGCCACUGCAAUAUAUAUCAUUUUCACAUUCAUUGACUAUGGCAGUCCUUGAAAGGAAUUGAUCUUAGACGUGUUAAAGAACAGCUAAAAACUGCUUUGAGCAGGAACAUGUUCACAUGCCGUGUCAUUUUAAACGUCAGUAUUCAGUUACUUGAAAGACUUUCAUUUUGCUGUGACAGACUUGACUUGGACUUGUUUCCAAUGAUACAGAAAUAACUUGAAAAGGUUUUGUUUUCAUUUUGGUUGGAAAUGAUUGAAAAACAGUCAAAAAAUAUAGAAAUAAUAUGUAGUUUAGGAGCUUAAAGAUACAAAAACACUGGAAUUGUCCUUUAAGCUCAUGUCUAAUACACAGCACAAUUGAUAUUACAGGGCCCAUUAAAACAAAUGUGGCACAACUGCCAAAACCCCUGCUGCACUCGAACAACACAAAGACAGUGGUUGCCUAUAAAUAAACAAUGCUCCACUUAUUUAUUCACAUUUCUCAAAAUACCGAGUCUUAACUGCUGCAAUCCAGCGUCGUACAGUUAAAACUGUGAUGUCUAAAGAGGCUUGAUACAAGAUGACAAAAAUAUGCCAGCAUGGUUGUGAGCGUGUAUACAGAUUCAGGUCAGACUUUGAAAAGAGAUGAAACGCUGAAGCCAUCUUAAUAAGAGAUGCUCUCCAGAGCACGCUGGGAGAAAGAGAGUGAGAGAGAUGCUGUCAAAAUAAAAGGAAUUGGAUAUCA